GCCCAAUCAAUAACGGUGUGGUGGGGGUGGCGUUGGCAGUGCUUUUUCUGCCAAGUCAUGGAACAUUCCCUACUCAAAGAAAUCCCUGUCUGUACGGCUGUCGAGGCGCAUCAAAACGCAUUUAGAACGCCAAGCCUACAUUCGUUGGCUUCCACUGGCUUCCCAAUCCUCCUGCUUUUCUCAGUUAGCUCAUAAUUGUUUAUUUGGGGCGUCCGAUGUCAGGUGGGGUGCCGGGCACCGCGUCUGUCCCAAGUACCUAAUUGAAAUAUGGCUCUGUCCCACGCUUUCAUAUUUCCUGGUUUUCGCAUGUUCGCCAGCUUCAAACCUUCUCAACUGGCUAGUAUCACGUAUAUUAUUUGCGGCGCCAUUCUAGCGAGUCUCCCCUACCCGUGAUCCAGUCCUAUCAUCCAUGAUGAAUUCUCUUCAAAUCAACGGGCAAAAAAUUGAGAGUGCUUUGGCGAAGUUCGUGCUGUUUGGUCCACAGGUCUCGCUUUGCAACUUUGUCGCGAGUCCUUCUGGGGCCUCUUCGGGCGCUUACGCAGAAACUACCCUUGCUCAAAUCUGUUAUGGAAUAUUUCAGCCUCUCAAUGCCAGAACUCACGCGGUUCUAUCGAGUUCUAUCGGAGGGGCAGUUGCUGCAAAAAUCAUUGCGCCAUUACGAGAGUUACGGGUAACAUACGCUGGUGUCGCGUCCAUACUUCGUCCUAACAAUACUGGCAUAUGGCUUUUGGAUGUUUGGCCUGCCACUAGUGACAACGUUAAGGUCAAUUUUGUCUUACUCGCCACCUUUGCCAGAUGCACAGCACCCUGGAGCAGUGAUCUCGAUCAGUUUUUUCUGGAGCAAACCAAACAGAUAUAUCCAUCAGACAGGCUAGAUAUUGCUCAGGCUCAUGCAAAGGCGGUCAAAACCGCCUGCCUCGAAUUUGCAAAGAUGAUGGAGACUUCUCUUGGGAAAAAGGAGAGAGAUGCCCUCAAGAUACUCGAAAUCGAAUUUGGUCAGUAUGACAUGGGCCAGGCAUUCCAAUCAUCCUCGCCCAUGAAGCUCUUCGACCUGUUUGCGAGCGACUUCUACGAUAUAAUAGCUAGGCUCAAGAACAAUGGGAAAGUGGAAAUCAUAGGACCAAUGGCAAUUCUACCUUUGAUGUUCCUGGAUCUCGCAAAGGACAUCACAGGCUACCAAUGGCGGUACAAACGCGAGAUACAAAUAUCUCUUCACGAUAGGCCGCAAGGUGGGCUGCUACUAGUCCACCCGUGCUCCCCAGGAUCUCUGCCACGAAUAUCCGGUCCCAACAGUAUGCCAAGCUUAAUGCACAAACAUACUAUGCCCCCUGGAAAGAUCAGCUCCUUGGUUACAGUAUCCAUCCGCAGAUGGGUGUCGAUGAUUGCGGAGGCACAGAUCUCCAUUGAUCCAUCGUCAUGGGACAGAGUGGACCGUGUCCGUUGUACUAUCCUGCAUGCUCUUGUUAGGAGGGCUGGGGACCUGGAUGCCAUAAUGCCAGUUUCCACAAGAACAACGACGGAUCUCCAAGUGAGGGGCGCGGAGUCCUGGUGCGGUUGUUUCCUCUGUGGAAUCCAAACGAGGGAGGAAAUUAGUCGGAGCCCGACCACAACCAAUGGCAUCCCCUCAUGUUCUAAUGGAUCGGGUGAAACGUUGGCUGAUGUGCGUAUCGCCAGACACAUGUGUUAUACUGUGCCUCCAUUUCAGAAGCACUCUGCAACCCCGAAGUCUGAAGUAGACAGCAGGCAGGAAAGAAAUGAAGCGGAAGUCAUUGAGCAGCUAAGAGAUGGGAUGGUGAACCUUAUGGCUUUUCAGCAUUCCCAAUUAAAGAAAAUUGGGGUCCACAUCAGGUCUCGCGACUUACGUCCGGAACAAUCCCUCGGCCCAACACAGCCUUCGCCAAACCCUACCUACCCGCCACAGCCCGUCCUUUUUGACAUCGAAACAGGGACUGAGGUUAUGAUUGAAGGGUGGGCUGCCGUUGCCUCACCAGUUCACCUCCUAGUCGAUGGCCGUGUAACAAUUGCAUCUUCAGAAUUCGCCCCUAUCGAAAACGUAUUACGCCGCAGGUCUGGAAAUCAUGGAUAUGGGGGUCGCGAUAUUGAAAGGUUAGGCCAUGCCAUUCAACUUCUCGCAAGUCUCAGAAGACAGGAUGUUAUACCGACACUGCUGGAAGGCAGCUCUUCGCAGGGCGAGCCCGACCCUGACCUAUCGGACCUUUCGGGCGAAACUAUCUGCCAUGCAAUCGAAGCCCAACAACCUCACGCUCUGGCAGUUGAAGCGAAUGGCCUGACUUACAUCCCUAAGAAGAUCAGUGGGACUGAUGUCGAGCUACGAGCUGGGAAGAGGCUUCACCCCACCACAUUGCCCGUCAUGAUGACUCCACUGUGUUAUGCUGUUGCCGUUGCCACUGUACUUGAAGCGUGUCUUGGGUCGGAAGAACUGGACAGGAUCGAAAUUCGAGUGGAGAACGCCCCUUUUGCUAUUCCGGCCUCCGGAACAACAGGAAAUAUUCUUUGGCAUUUUACUAAAAACGGUGGCUUUAGCGCAUCGCUCAAUACCUUGGUUGGUUCUGCAAUUCUGGCUGCUGAAGAAGGUGUCGCCUUCAAACGUAGAGCUGACUGGGAGGAGGGAGAGCUCAUCGGGAUUCAGACUCGGUUAUACACUUGGUUACCACCAGCCCUACACGCAGAUCCGUGUGUCCCAGUUUCCACUGUGCUUAAACCGGUUCCCUUUCGUUGGACCUUGGAAAACGCCAAGGAAGACGCGACUAUCUUUAUCCGCGCUCCUGCGGAGUCUGUUCUUGAGAUGCAUCCACCAGUCGAUGAAUCGCUCUACAAAACCUUCUCGGGUCUCAAAAAUAUCCGAACUGCGAGAACAUUGGGCGACCGAAUUGCCGGACAAUCCUUGGCUAUGAAGUUUCAGGGAGAUUUUCUAGACACAUUCAAGUCGACCUGGUCGCACGGCGAAAUCGGCCAAAAUCAUAUCAUAAAGGAAGAUGUAUCCGGAAGGCAACUGACGAUUAACGUCGUGUACUGUGUUAUCGAAGUACCGCAGUCCUCGGAGAUUUGCCUGACUAACUUGGGUUGCGAUCUUGGACUGCAACACGCUACCCUGCAGGUCAUUGUUCCUUGCUGGGGAAAAUGCAAAAGUACCGUGGGUCUCGACUGGGGGGCCGAAGGGCUUGACCCGUUAUACGAGUUGCAAUCUCUGACUCACAUGCGCCAGUGCUUUGGCUCUAAAUUAAAUUUCAUUCUCACCUCUCACCAAAACCCCGAGGCCCGUAUGGCAUUGUGGCAAUUGUCUCCAACAGCGAUAUUCUUGGGUCCGGAUAGUUGUCUGAGAUGUUUCGUUACUAGAGAUGAACCGGAUACGCUAGAGAGUGGCCAGGGUUAUACUACAGCGAAUAUUAUUCAAUAGAUAGUAAUAUCAAGGGGCAACUGAAUUUAAC